AUGACGACUCUAAGUGUUCUGUGGACGUUUUUUGAUUACUUACAAAAAGGAGCAAGUGCAGUCCAUGGAAAAGCUGAAAAGUUAACUGAUGACAUGGAAAGGUCAUGUCGUCGGGCAGAGCUUGGGUCGGGGUUGGUAUCAGGGAUUAGGGCGGAGCCAGGGGGCAGGAAGGGUGAAGGGGCGAAGGAUAAUCAUAGGUUGAGAGUAGGAUCAUGGAACAUAGGGUUUUUGUCAGAGAAGUCAUUAGAUGUGUAUGCACCGCAUGUAGUCUUGCAUGAUGAAGAGAAGAAGAUAUUUUGGAAGGAUUUGGACGAGAUGGUGAAGGGUGUACCCAGUAAUGAGAAGUUUUUCAUAGGAGGUGAUUUCAACAGGCAUAUAGGGUCUUCUUUGAAAUGUUAUGAUGAUGUACAUGGGGGAUAUGGGUUUGGGAUAAGGAAUGGGGAAGGAGUGGCACUUCUCUAUUUUGUGCGGGCUUUUGGAUUGGUGAUAGUUAAUACAAACUUUUCGAAGAAGGAGGUUCAUUUGGAUACCUUCUGUAGUUCGACAGCUAGAGAGGUAUUGGGGGUCUCGAGAGGCUGUUCGGGCAAGCACCAAGAGGAUUGGUGGUGGAACGAGGAGGUGAAGGGGAAGGUGGAGACCAAGAAGAGAGCGUAUGCUAAGUUGAUUGGGAGUAAGGAUGAAGAAGAUAAAUGGAAGAAUAAGGAGGAGUAUAAGAUUGCUAGGCGAGAGGCAAAGUUAGUGGUUAUGGGGGCUAAGGAUGUUGCCUUCAAGAAUUUGUACAUAUUGUUAGCUAGUAAAGGUGGGGAUAAAAAGUUGUACAGUCUCGUCAAGGUUAGGGAGAGGAGGGCUUGGGACCUGUACCGGGUGAAGUGUAUUAAGGAUGUGGACGGCAAAACCCUGGUAGACGAGGCUCGUAUCAGAAAGAUAUAA